AUGAUCUGGGUGUAUCAUUUAUCCAACCUGCCCGACUCCUUUGGGCAGCUCUCAAACCUCCGUUACCUGGAGCUGGAACAGUGCACGGCUCUUCGAGACCUGCCCGGGCCGGUCGACUCCCCUUGCCAAGGCCAGAUAUGGCUGCCCGCUCUCGAAAGCCUUCGUCUGGUGGGACUCCGCCAUCUGGACUCUCUCCCUCCACUCGGGCAGCUUAAAAACCUUCGCAGGCUGACUGUGUCACUUCUGCCGAAGCUUGAGGAGCUUCCUCCGUCUCUCUCCCUGCUCUCCAACCUGCAAACCCUAGUCAUCCAUGGCUGCUCGCAGCUCAAAUCCCUCCCUCGCAACAUCCCCUCUGCCUUGUCCUCUCUCUCCUCCCUCGCGAUUCGCUCCUGCCUCAGCAUUCAAGAUCUGGAUUUUCUUCCGUUCUUCAAUGGUGCUAUGGAGGCAUGUAGUGUGGGUGGGGUGGAGGGGAGUGUGACUGGUGAAGCGGUGAAGUGUGGUGGGUUACGGUGCGACAAUGUGGAGGGGGGUUUGCCGCCUGAAGCUGAAAUGUGCACUUUAGCAGGUGCUGCCAGAGUCGCUGUGGCUGCUCCCAUCUGUCCAAUGUGUGCACCAUUUCAAUCACAAGUGGAUGGGCGGUAA